ACUCAUGAACGGCUACAGCUUAUGCGAGACAUGUUUGUUUUGGUUCGUCGUUGCCUCCAUAUAAACCUGUUUGAUUUACACUUAGUUUAGUUAGUAGUAGACGAUAAUUUGUGGUGUUGUGGUAAAUGCUGGCUAUCGCAAGACUUUUUCCGCAUUAAGUGAUAAGUGUUCGGCUGGAAUAACUUUUAUUUAGACACGAUGAAGAUAACCUUUGUGGUGGGCCUGCUGAUAACGGUGUUUUUGAAGGAUUCUAGUCAGCAAUGUUUUCCCCCAUACGCCAGUAAUCAGCCGGAGAGGAAGACACACGCGGACCUUUACUCCGGACAACAGGGAUUUUCCUUGGCUCUAUUGAAUGCCAUCAACAAGAUUAUGCCAAAUGAAAAUUUGUUCUUUUCCCCAUACUCGACGUACCACGCUUUGCUGAUCGCUUACUUCAUGACUGGAGGACAGACUGAAAGCUACUUGAAAAAAGUUCUUAGAUUAGACCAAAGUCAGAAUAAAUCUGAUAUAUAUGCAGCUUACAAAACUGACAAAUUUAUAACGCAAGUAUUGGCAAAGAGUGCACCAUAUGAAUUUACCAACGCCAAUAAAAUAUACGUUUCUGAUGCUGUUCCUGUAAGAGACUGUGUUGUUAACGAUUUUCCCGAAGAACUAGAAAAAAAGAAUUUUAAAACAGAUGCAGAAAGUGUCAGGCUCUCAAUUAAUGGAUGGGUGGAAAAUACAACCCAUCACAUGAUCAAGGACUUGUUGCCUCGUGGAACAAUAGAUGAGACAACAGAUCUGGUUUUGGUAAAUGCUGCUUAUUUCAAAGGAAUAUGGGAACACAAAUUUAACCCUGAUCUUACUAAACAAGAAAUUUUUUAUGUUAACCCUUCCAAGCAAAUCAUGGUGGAUAUGAUGCACAUAGAGGAGACUUUUAAACAUGAUGUUUCUGAGACUUUAGGUGCCCAUAUCCUUGAAUUGCCUUACAAAGGAGACAACAUCAGCAUGUACAUUCUUUUGCCUCCUUUUACCAAUACUGAAGAUUCAAUUGAAGCCACACUGAAAAAUUUAACAUUAGAAAAUUUCAGAAGCGUUGUUGAGAAUGACAAUUUAAUUUCUAGAACAGUACAAGUUGCCUUACCAAAAUUCAGUUUGGAAACCACGAUAGAAUUGACACCUAUACUUGAAAGCCUGGGUGUUGGGAAUCUCUUCAAAGGUGAUGCCGACUUUAGCUCUUUAACGCCUAAAAAAAUUUCCGUGGGUGAAGGCAUUCACAAAGCAAGGAUAGAUAUCAAUGAACAUGGAUCACAAGCAGCAGCUGCCACAGCUAUAUUUUCGUGGAGAAUGAUGACUGACGAUUUACCUAUACCAUUUAAAUGCAACAGGCCUUUUAUAUAUUUAAUUUAUAAUGGAAAAACUCACACUAUAUUAUUUACUGGCAUCUUCAGAUCACCCCCUUAAGAAUAUGUGUAAUCAGUACAAAAAAUUGUUAGUUUCAUAUAUCAAACCAACACAGAAAGACACCUUUGUUAUUGUAUAAUCGAAAGAUACACACUACUACUACACCUUUAAAAUUUUCUUCAUUCAGAUGAGAGAAUACGGAAUAAUGUCAAAUUAGCAAAAAGCCAGUACCUACCAUAUACUUAUAAUAAAGUGCCUUAUUACACCUCA